AUGUCUUUAGCUCUCCAUGGACACCAUGUUUUAUUAAUCGCUACAUUAACUUUUGCUACAGCUGUUCUCACACCUAAUUGGUAUACAUCACCAGAUUUUCAAAUAAAACGUAAUAUAUUUCAAAUAUGUAAUACACAAACAUCUUGUCAUUGGGUUCUUUUACCAAUAUCAAAUGAUACUUCAGUUGAAACAAUUUUUCCAAUUAUUGUUGCAUCUUUAGCUAUAGCUUGUGCUGGAAUAAGUCUUAUAGGUCUUUUAUUUGGUUCAUGGUAUAUUGAACGUUUUGCAGGUGAUAUUGGUUCAAAAUGGAUACUUAUAUUAACAAUAUUUUGUGUUUUUAUUAGUUUUUUAUUAUCUUGUGGUGUUUGGUCAAUUAUGUUAACAACAAAUUUACAUCAAAAUGAUACGAAUAUUAAAUAUGUUCGUCUUGAAAAUUUUGAUUUUUCAUUUUGGAUUAAUAUUGUUGCAUCUGGUUGUUAUUUAUAUAGUUUUUUUAUUUAUCUUAUAACUAUUUGCAGAUAUUGUUAA